AUGUUCCAGCUCAGUAACAAGACUGUUCAGGUUAUCUUCUUUGAUAAGACGGAGGCAGUGCUGUCAUCACGGUCCCAUCUCGUGACCUAUGUUGACAAGAAGGGCCAGGUCCAAGCCUAUCCUCUAACGAAUGUCUUGGACGUUCCUAGCGCAGAGCUCGCCAAGCGGCUUCGGUACACCAAGGACAUCCUGGUGAAUCUUCUUGGUUCUCGACUGCCUUCUGGAUUUCCUGGCUUGCUCUCGGCCGGGAUGCACUGA